UCCCUCUCGACGGCACCGCGGCACAACAGAUGGUGCGCCAUACAUGACUCUGGCGCCUUUUUUGCUUCGGAACAACUUUCCUUCCAGGCACCGUUGACGCGUUUCGCCGACAGAAAGGUGCCCCGGCAGGAAAAAGGCCACUUUGAGCUUCCAGACGCAUUUUGCUGUCCGGGUGGGGAGCGGCCAUGCCGUUUGGCUGUUUCGCCAUCGGCCAAAAGAAGGAUUACUGCAGUCCUUCGGACGUGACGGACAAGUAUGACGUGGGUCACGUCGUUAAAUCGGAGGAGUUCUGUGAGAUAUUCAGAGCCAAGGACAAAAACACCAUGAGGAUGUACACCUGCAAAAAGUUCCUGAAGAAGGACGGAAGGAAGGUGCGCAGAGCUGCCAAAAAUGAAAUCCUCAUUUUAAACAUGGUGAAGCAUCCCAAUAUUCUCCAGCUGGUGGAUGUCUUUGAGACGAAAAAGGAAUACUUCCUCUUUCUUGAGCUCGCGACAGGCCGAGAAGUCUUUGACUGGAUCCUGGACCAAGGCUAUUACUCGGAGCGCGACACCAGCAACGUGGUGCGGCAGGUCUUGGAAGCCGUCGCUUACCUCCACUCUCUGCAGAUUGUGCACAGAAAUCUGAAGUUGGAGAAUUUGGUGUACUACAACCGCCUCAAGCACUCGAAAAUAGUCAUCAGCGACUUCCAUCUUGCCAAGCUGGAGAGUGGAUUCAUCAAAGAGCCCUGCGGGACACCCGAAUAUUUGGCUCCAGAGGUGGUCGGCAGACAGCGGUACGGUCGAGCCGUGGACUGCUGGGCCACGGGCGUCAUCACGUACAUUCUGCUGUCGGGCAAUCCUCCUUUCUAUGACGAGAGCGACGAAGAUGACUACGAAAACCAUGACAAGAACCUGUUCCGAAAGAUCCUGGCAGGCGACUACGAGUUUGACUCGCCAUAUUGGGAUGAGAUCUCAGAUUCAGCAAAGAGUCUGGUGGCACGUCUGAUGGAGGUGGAUCAAGACCAAAGACUGACGGCCCAGGAGGCGAUCAACCACGAAUGGAUCUCGGGCGGCGCGGCGUCAGAUAAAAACAUCAAGGAAAACGUCUGCGCGCAAAUCGAGAAGAACUUUGCCCGAGCAAAAUGGAAGAAAGCUGUGCGGGUCACCACCAUCAUGAAGAGACUGAGAGCCACCGAGCAAAGCGGCACCACUGCGGCCGCCGCAGUCCCGUCGGCGCCUUCGCCCGCCGCCACCGCCGCAACGCAGCAAGCGGUCACGGAGAUGGACGAGACGGUCGCGGAGCCGCUCGAGGGGGCGGGGCCGGCGCCGCGGGAAGCGGAGCCCGCGGCCGGCCGCAACGGGGAUACGGCGGCCGGCGCCCAUGCGGGGGACGAGCGGGGCUAGGCCUCCCCCCCGGCCCCUCGGCGCCCACUCCCGCACACUGUACAUUAGCUGCUAGCACGGUGACGCCGACGCGGCUUCUCUUUCGCUCGCGGCGUUCUUGUCCCCGGAGGCCGCGCGCUACCUUUCCCGAGUGCUCCGCGUGGCCUCGGCGUUCUCUUUGGAUGAAUGGCAUCUUCUUUGGCGGCGAGCCCCCCCCCCGCGUGCAAUCCGAG